AUGGCAGUAGCAGGAGAACAUUAUAAUCAAUUGAUUGACGAUGACGUUCAAAAGAUGGCGAUGUUAGAACAGUUAGAAUGGAUCGGUAAUGUGGGUGGUGGAGGAAGUACGCUACUAUUGGAUGAAAUACUCGGCGGUGGUGGUAGUUGUUCUCAAAGAGCGUUUUAUGCAAUACUCAUCCCACAAAAGAUCGGUUUAUUCCUCACUGUUAGGGUCAAUAUUGUUGCCGAUAGCAGAACAUCAAAUAUUAAAAAAGAAAGAAAAACGAACGGAACAUUCACAUAG